AUGUUUUUCUCAUCGGAGAUGCUCUCGAAGCGAGGGCCACUGGCUAAGGUUUGGCUGGCAGCCCAUGUAGAACGCAAAGUCUCGAAAGCUCAAACCCUUCAAACAUCCAUCCCCAGCACUGUCACCGUCAUCCUCGAACCUGCUUCGACGAUGGUCUCGGCUCCUCCCAUGGCCCUGCGUCUCUCUGGCCAACUCUUACUUGGAAUAGCGCGGAUCUACAGCAAGCAAGCCAAAUAUCUGCUUGAAGAUUGUAGCGAAGCAUCGGAUAAGAUCCGGACCGCCUUUCGCUCGGAAACCAUUCAGGCUAUGAUGGACGAACCAGCUCGGGAAGACCAUCUAAUCCUACAGGUCCAACCUAAUGUCACCGGGCGUGAUGCAAUCAAUCUCAGAAGUGCUGCCAACCGAGACCUGUUUGAUUUUGAGCUCGAGUUUGGAGAAGGCUUCGGUUACGGCUUUGGGGAAGGCUGGGAAGACUUAAAUCAACCGAAUGGAGCUAGUGAGAUCGUACCCAUCGUCAGCACGAGUAGGUCGAGGAUUGACGGCAAUAUUGGUGAUAUCACUUUGACUGAGCACCAACCCUUCAUGCCUGGUGGCGAUCAACCGGAGGAUAGACUGGAUGACCUUGGAGAAGAAGAUAUGAACUUGAUGGGCGAGGGCGCCCCGCUCGACCUCGGUCUGGUCUCCGAGACCGAAGGUUUAGAAUCUGAAGCUAGAACCCACAGAAAAAAUCGCCAAACACGCGACGGUUCCGCCGUUGAUGAUGAGAGACAAGUAGCUGAUGAUACCAUGGAGAUGGAAGUAGGUCGUGAUGCGCCAGGAACAGCUGAUAGACGUAGUGCUCGGGAUUCGUUGGUGCCGGGACAACUGGGUGAUCUAUCGGUUGACAAGAGCUAUGAUAUGCCUUCCGGGAUGGGUGAUAUGAGCUUUGAUCUUGGAGGCCCCGCUCCUGGCUUCGAACCGGCCGGUCUGGAUGUGGAACCUGGCGUCGAUCUUGGUUUACAUGAAAACCAAGAUACAGGCAUGCAAGAUAUCACGAUGGCCGAUGGUCAAGACGUUGCGGCAGGUGAUGGUCAAAUGACUCCCCGGGCCACAACACCUGUACCCAACCCCAUGCUCGAUCAAGUUGAUGUUACCCCUCGUACCUCUCAUCACCUUGCGCCCCACCUCACUUCCCCAGCUGUAGGACCAGAGGGGGCUGAUCAACAGCCACCCAGGAAGAAGACAAAGCAUCAACUAGUCGAUCGCGUCACCGAGCUUACCGGGGGAGACCAUCUCUCCUCUUCGUUCAACACGGGUAUCAACCAGCAAAGUACUCUCGAUCCACCUAGAUUCUUACCAAAAGAUCGUUACCAACUUCAACAUCAUCGCUUGAUGCUCGACCCCUCGUGUCACGAAUUUCUACCCAAACUUCUUGAUGUUGAUGGCGAGAGCUGGCUGAUGGCUGCCCCAGCGGGACUUUGUAAAGAGUUGCAAGAAUUAUUCAAGUUUCCGGCUAAGGCCAGCGCGUUGUCAGCGCGAGGACAGGGUACGAAGAGACUUCGAGACGAUGAACCGGAACGAGAAGAGCUGGGAAGUGAACACGGCAGGCGGGCACAUAGUGUUGGAUUUGGAGAAGGGGAUUUCAGCCGGAUCGAUACCGUUGGGGACGAGACCUUUGAUUUGAUGGGUCACCGAGAGGACGACCAGGGAGGACUGUUCGGAGCAGACGACGGUUUCCAAUUCGAGUUGCCCGAUAAAUCACACGCCGAACAAGAAUCAUCCGCGCCCAACGAUCCGCUGCAACCAAUCGAAGGACCUGAAGCUGAUUUAGACCAACCUCUCCCGCCAUUACCUGCUGAGCCAGAGGUCCGGCGGCAAAGGGCCGAAGGAGAAUCUUCAAAGUUGGACGUGUUCGAUGACUCAGGUGAUCUUCAAUCCCUAACUCAAGCCGUCGAGUCAGCCGAGAUACCCGGAACAGCAAGUCGAACCAAGUGGAGUAGGAAUACUGUCAAGGCUCUUACGGUCUUGAAGACUGAGCUCGCAGACGGACCUCCGAUGCUCAAAUUUAAAGAAGUAUCCGAUAAAGCAAGCAGACGAGCUGGCGCUGCUUUCUUUUUCGAACUGUUGGUCUUGGGUACCAGAGAUUGUUUAAAACUCAGUCAAUCCGAACCGUUUGGGGAGAUUGAAGUCGAGAGUCAAGAUCGAUUAUGGGAAGUUUUGGAAGAGCAAGCCAUUUAA